CUUCAGAGUGAUUACAGGGUGGGAGGUAGGCUUCUGGGCUUAGUGGUAUGUAUGAAUGAGAGGCAGAGAGAAAAUCUGAACUGAAAAGAUUUGUGGUAGAAUAGCUCUGCCGUCGCCAGGCAACUGACCUGACGCAACCAAAAAAAAAGUCCCUUAAAAAAAAAAAGAAUAGCACCGCGAAUUCACAGGAGCAUGGGAGAAAAAGGGAGGGAGAAAGAGGGAGAGGCAGCCACUGAGACAGUAACCGAGAGGCAAGGAAGGAAGUAAAGCCGCAACCACAAAUAACAAGUUGAGUGUAUGAAGGGGAAGAGAGAGAAAUAUGCCUCUGGAAUAUUAAACGGGACGGCCCCAUCUCUGUGUGUGUAUGUGUGUCUGUGUCUGUGUGUAUAUCUGUGUGAAUGUGCGCGCGCGCGCGCGCGUGUGUGCCCCAGGGCACUCUGAUGCGUGGAUGCGUUCAGAAGACCAUGAAGCAGGACUGAGACUUCUGCUGCCACAGGCAUUUGAAGGACUUUGAUCCCUCCUCCAGGGGCUAUAAGCAACCCCAAUCCUGUGGAUCCUCUACAUCAUCAUCCAGGCAAUGAUCUCAACAGCCUGGGGCUAAGGAGGAGAACAAGAGGAACUGCACUGUUUCCAGCAGCCCUUGAUGCUUUGGUGAACCAGAAGAUUGUAGGAUGGCUACACCUCAGAUCCACAUGGAAGAAGUGGUGGAUGGAGAAGGAGGAUACUUAGGGACAACUCCUCCUCCUGAUGACCACCUUCUGAGCCUAAAGGUCCUCACAGAGAAACUGAGGCUGCAGACCCGGAGACCUUCCUACCUGGAAUGGCAGGCCAAGUUAGAGGAGCAGACAUGGAAUUUCCCCAGGUCUUCUGAUGAACAGGAGGAGAAGGAGCCAAGAAAAUCCAGGGAAGAGGAAUUGUCUCCAGUAAGGAAGCUGCAACAACAGCUACAAGAGAGUCCCACCCAAAACCAGCCACCUCUGACUCAUAGAAAACUGAAUACCUUUGAGAGUAUUGAUGAAGCUUUGCAUUGGCUAAGGAAGGAACUGGAAGAGAUGAGGUUGCAGGAUCAGCAAUUGGCCAGGCAGCUGAUGCGCCUUCGCAGUGACAUAAACAAGUUGAAGAUCGAGCAGACCUGCCACCUCCACCAGAAGAUGCUCAAUGAUGCCACCUAUGAGUUGGAGGAACGAGAUGAGCUAUCUGACCUCUUCUGUGAUUCCCCUUUGGCUUCCUCCUUCAGCCUCUCCACACCACUUAAGGUCAUUGGAGUAACGAAGAUGAACAUAAACACCCGAAGAUUCUCCCUUUGCUGAAGGAGAAUGAGAUGUGGAGGUCACCCAAAGGGGAAUAGUGGUAGUAAAGGGUUGGCACAGGGAAAUACACAAGCUAGGAUACCCCUUGGCAGUGUGGCAAGGCCCGUGUGGAGAUAUAGGUUCCAGAACAGUGCCAAGCUUCCCUAAGAAGCUUCCUGGUUCUGUCCAGUGGCUGGGUUGUGUGGGGGUGACUCAGAUCUACCUGAAAUGGGGAUCUAGCACUCUCAGGGAAGUGUUAGUGGGGUCAUGGAAGCCUUCAAGACUUCUUAUCCACUAGAUAUCUUAGUGAUUCUUCUAGAAAACUGUUUUACUAGUGAUCGAGAGCUAUGAGUGAUUGGUUCCUUCCAACCUCCCACUCUAGCCUCCCCUCCAUUCCAUGCCCAUGUGCCUGUGAAAUCACUGGUGCUAUGGCCAGGGCUCCCAAAGGGAGGAAAAAGUCCCUCUGCCCCAGGCACUGUGGCCCUGUCCUUAUUCCAUAAGGAUCUCAAUGGACAUCAGGUAUUCUGUACCCUCAAAGUAUAAGGAGGUGAUCCUUGUGCUUGGAAUAUCCAUUUCAGUGUCAAUGUCCCCUCAGUGUUGACCCUAAAGUGCUCUCCACAUAUUCAAUUCAAUUCAAAUCAAUUGAAUAAGCAUUUAUUAAGCAUCUAUUAUGCUUAAGGUACUAUCCUAGGCACAGUGGAUACAAAGAGAAAAAAAAUAAUAAUGAUGUCUUCCCUCAAAGAGUCUGCAUUCUCCUGGAUGAGUAGCAGGGAUCCUACUUUUCCUAUUUUUUAAACACCCUUAUCUUCUGUCUUAGAAUCAAUAUUAAAUAUCAGUUCCAACACAGAAGAAGAUCAGUAAGGGCUAGGCAGUUGGGGUUAAGUGACUUGCCCAGUCAGAGAGACCUGGCUCUCUAUCCACUGAGCCACCUAACUGCCCCUGGGAUCUACCAUUUUUACAGUUGAACAGCAGAUAUACCUUUCUACUGGCCCUUCUGGAAAGAGAGCAUCUAGCACCAAUAGCUAGGAUCACAUGUUCUUGGGUGCUGGUGUUACAAACCAAGAGUCAGAUCCUUCUGGAACGGCUAAUCAAAUUUGCUUCCAGUUUGGGACUCAGGCUUUUGGGUGGCAAUUGGAAGAAACCAUCAUUUGUGACAGGUAGUCUGGUGGGCCUCCUCCAGCAUAACAAGUUAAGGACAGACCCUGAACCUAGAUUUUACUAUCAUUGAGCAGAAAAUACCUAUUAGAACCUCCAAAGAGCCCCUGUACUGCUGCUUCUUUUCCCCAUCUCCCCUCCUGCUCAAGGGAUGACAUGGAGACCACAAUUGAUGGAAUUCAACUUUCCUCCUAAGGGUCCCCACAGGCUCACCUCGUGGAUGCCAGCAAAUGCCUCUUCAUUGAGGUUGGCAGUACCACUUCCCUAAUCUUCCCUCCCAUUUUGUUGCCUUCCCACAAAGACAAUCAAAAUGAGCUAUCACCAAGCUUCUCUGUGCCUCCAACUCGUUUCCCUGUUUUGACUGAAUUAAGCAGUUAUUUCUAAAAGCAGGUAACUGAUUGAUUCUUUCCAAAGGGAAAAACGGCUUGGGGUGACACCAACACACAAGGCCUAGAAGAAAUGCUUUCUCUUUUCAUAGGACCAUCUUCACCAUGAUUAUGAAGGCCAGCAGCUGAGGGAACUCAGACUCAAUAAAUCCGCAAAUAAAUUAAUGUAACAUUAUAUGUCAAAAUGUCUCCAAGACAGCAAUAGUUGAAUAAAGCAUUGACUUCAGAGCUGAAAAGGACUGAAGAUAUUGUCAUGUCUAAUUCCCCUAUUUUGAAGGCUUUGAGUACACAGCAACUUGCUCAAAUUCUUAAAGCUACUUAGCAGUGUGUUUAGCCAAUACUAUUUAUACUAGAGUCAUCAUCCAAUAGUAACUCCUAACUCUUUAAUCCAGUCCUUAAAUGCCUAUGUAUUACAGCUCAAAUGAUUUCCCAGCCUCAUCUCUUCCACCAAAUACUCCUCUCUUUUGAGUUUGGAACAUCUCAGCCAAACCCAGAUGAUACGUGGACAGCAGAGAGCAAAUGAGUUUAUAUUUUCAGUCUUUAAGCACAACAUCCCACUGCUCUUUUUUUUUUUAUUUAUUUUAAGGCUCUAAGGGCAUUAGUCAACAUACUUUUUUUUUAAACCCUUACUUUCCAUCUUAGCAUCAAUACUGAGUAUUGGCUCCAAGGCAGAAGAGCUAGGCAAUGGAGGUGACUUGCCCAGGGUCACACAGCUAGGAUGUGUCUGAGGGCAGAUUUGAACCCAAGACCUCCUAUCUUUAGACCUGUUUCUCUAUCCAUUCAAUUACCUAGUUGCCUAGUCAACACAUUUUUAUGGGUCUUUAUUCUAUUUCUUGAUUAAAGCUAUUUCCCCCAACCCAUGAACAUAGCUCUAAUAAGGACAAAAAAAGACCCACACCUUGCAGAUAAGAACCUGGGCUAUAAAAAUGUUCUUUAUGUGAAAAACAUACCCAUCAGUAAUGAAUUCAUUAGAAUAUACAAGAAAAGAAAAGAGCAAAGAAGAUGGGUAUUAAGAUUUUGGGGGGAAAUCAAUGAUUCAUAGUUGGUAAACAAUGACUUGAACUGCUUCCAAACUUUUCUAGGGAACCAAAGGACUUGGCCAUUUCUGUCACCUGAAGCAGGUAACAGAGGGACAAGAUAAAUAUGCCCAGAGCUUUGGUCUGAGAAUAAAAGGAAGUUUGUAGCUCAAGUACACCCUUGGUAGGGAAAGUCUAAGAACAAAAAAGGGCUGGUACUAGGGUCCUGCCUUGAAUGCAUUUUGUAGAAGCUGGAGACUUAUCUUAAUAAUAACUCCAAUGUUUAUCUAACAACAUUAAUGAACUCUGAAGAGGCACUCCUGAGCUUCCUGAAGAAAAAGGUCUUUAAUACAAUGGGGAAUGCACUGUCAGUAUGAAUGAAAACCCAAUUUAUUAUGGGAUAGAGAAGCUAUUCUCUGCUCUCACACACUUAGAGGCAUGUACAAAUGUUCUAGUCACAAACACAGAAAUUAGAGCCCCCCAGGCACUCACAGGUAUACUCACACGCCUCAAACAUAUGCUCAGCCAGAACAAUUUUAGACCUAUCUGAUAGGACCUGACCAAAUUGAAUUGCUGUCCUAUUUUUAGUCUGAGUCCAUACUCUGAGCAAUGAUCCAUCUGAUAGAUACUGCAAAAAGUCAGCCCUUAAGAUAGAAGGGAAAACAUGAUUUGACUUGUUAGUUGAUUCAAAAAUUCACCUAUUUAACGCACACUUAUUGAGUGCAGAUUACUAUCCUAGGCACAAAGGGGCUACACAAAUAAAUGUAAUCUGGAUGCCCCCCUCAAAGAGUUUUUGAUCUAGUAAUAGAGAUGUAUGUGAAUACCUACCGUUAAGGAACGAGAGCAUAGAAGAGUCACAGGUAGAGCAUUCUGGGACUUCAGAGAAAGAAGGGAAUUUCUGACAUGUGACUAGGCUUCCCAACAUUCUCCAUUUUUCAGGAGCCAUUCAUUGAGAUGGUGGCAUUCUCAUCACCUUUCCUGUUUGUGCCAGAGUUUUGUCUUAAAACAUUUGCUUUGUGGAUUGACCCUGCCUUGGGCAAAUUGUUACACAGAUGAGUUCCACCUCCCUUUUCCCCAUUCCUUCCCCCAACCCAAAUUUAAUUGUUCAAUGUAGGCCUUAACCCUCUGCCAAUGGAGCCACCAGAUUUAUAAAGGGUAAUCAGUCAUCUGGCUCAAUUUGUGUACUGUGUCUCCUGCUUGUAUCAUUUCCUUAAUUUGUCUAUCUCUUCCCUGCGCCACGCAUCUCCUGAUGUUCAGCAGACACACUGUCGUGUCUACAUAACACUGUCUAAUGGCUUCAUGCCCAUAGUAGCCAAAUCGUAGUGUCCCAGAGACCCUGAGAUAUCCUGACAAAUGUCUUCUCUAGUCCUGGAUCGCCUCCCAUGUAUCUCCUAGCAAUACCAAGUGCUAUUACAUAACUGACAGACAAUUUCUAAUUUUAUUUUUUAUGAUUAUUUGUUUCUAUAUUGCUGUUAGAAAAAGCAAAAUAAAAAAAUAAAAAAGUGUGCAUUUAGAAGACAA